AUGGAGUACUUGAACGACUUCUCCUCCACUUAUCCACGAUCCGCGUCCCUGCGAUUCGACCCAUCGACGGCCAGGAUCGGCUCCUGCUCCUCCUCCCGUUUCUCCUUCACCGUCUCCCACCACUCCGACUCCGUUAAGCCGUGGUACCUCUCCCUUACCGGCGACACGUCAGCUUCCAAAGUGGGCCCCGCAUUGAUCUCCCUGCUCAACGCCCGCUCCCAAUCGUUCGGGUCACCGAUCACCCGGACGCCACGUGGCAGCAUCAGCGGGAGCAGCCACUACGCCGCCGCCGACAGGCUGGCAAGGAAAGGCUUCCUGCCGCUGUCGAGCGGGUCACCGACGGCGACUCCUCCCUCAAGUUAUGCCACCCGCAGACACCGCGCCCUUCAUUCCUCCAGUCACCGGAGAUGUUCUACAGCGCUGGGAAUUACAAGGCUGAUCGGUGCAGGGAGUCGUUCGUCCCGCUUCUCAAGUUUUACCGGCGGUCGUACAAUGAUAUUGUUUACAGGUCGAAGAUGCGGCCGCCGCUGGGUCGACUCAUCUCCAUCGUCUCCCCGCAAGUCAGGCGCCGCCACGUGUCUUUAUCCAACGGUUCUGAUUUCGGAACGUAAGCAAAGGAGACUGGAGAAGAUGGCGGGAAAAGUUAAAGAAAAAGGAUGA